AUGGCGCUGCCCUUAGCCGGUGCUUUGCGCCUGUGCAGCUGGGGAGCCAAACGAUUGGGGAUUGCUGCUGUGGAAGCCCGGAGAGGCAUCAGUUUCAAACUGGAAGAAAAAACCGCCCACAGCAGCCUGGCACUCUUCAGAGGUAACACAGGUGUCAAAUAUGGCUUGGUAGGACUGGAGCCCACCAAGGUGACCCAGAAUGUGGAGCGCUUCCGUGAGUGGGCAGUGGUGUUGGCAGACACAGCGGUCACCAGCGGCAGGCACUACUGGGAAGUGACAGUUAAGCGCUCCCAGCAAUUCCGGAUAGGAGUGGCAGAUGUGGACAUAUCCCGGGAUAGCUGCAUCGGUGUUGAUGAUCGGUCCUGGGUGUUCACCUAUGCCCAGCGCAAGUGGCACACCAUGUUGGUCAAGGAGAAAACACCAGUUGAGGGCAUCGGGCAGCCAGAGAAGGUGGGACUGCUGCUAGACUAUGAGGCCCAGAAGCUGAGCCUGGUGGAUGUGAGCCGUAUCGCUGUGGUCCACACGCUACCAUCAGAUUUCCGGGGUCCAGUAGUACCUGCCUUUGCCCUUUGGGAUGGAGAGCUGCUGACCCACUCAGGGCUUGAGGUGCCUGAGGGUCUCUAG